AACAAUUCACGACACCAUUUGGAUGAGCAUUUAUGAAGACGAUACUUGAACAAUACGUAACAGAAGUAGUGACUGGUCGUUUGUGUCAAACUCUCUUCCACGACUUUUAUCCGCUAUGAAAGAUCAUAUGAGAAUUCAUACCGUUGAGAAGCCGUACGGUUGUCAGGAAUGCAGCAAAAGCUUCUCUCGUUUAUCAACUUUGAAAAAUCAUGUGAGAAUUCACACCGGUGAGAAGCCGUACAGUUGUCCAAUAUGCAAUAAAACUUUCAGACGAAGACAAUAUUUGCAACGUCACAUAGUAACUCAUGACAGGAAUAGGUGA